GUAUCAGUUUCCCGCCGAGUGUCAUCACGCGCACGUUAGUGAGAAGCAGAAGUGACGCUACUACAGCCAUGCUGCAGUCCAAGUUCGUUCUGUAUAUCAAAUUUAACGGCUGCCUUAUAGUGCUGCUGGUGGGGUUCUUUGUAGUCGUAAGCGCACACCGAUGGCUCAUGCAAAUGCAGAACUGGAGCGCGUAUCCUUUCGUUGCGGGGCUUGAACUGCGCAAUCAUCCCGUCGUCGAUGGAGUGUUUCAGAUUGUGUGGAUUACGGCGGUAGCUUCGCUCUAUCAGGCACUCUGGUUGGAAGUGGAACUGUUGCUGUACCCGAUCGGGUUCAUGCUCGGGCUGGAAGUGCUGCUAGUGGCCGCUGGGGACGUGAUCAAGCGCUGGAACGAUGAGGCGGAUGAUUGUUUCCUGCGCAGGGGUCAAGAUGGGGUCGUGUGGAUCGCACUAUUAGCGUACUUUUACUACACGCUGUACAUCUUGAAGCAGCUGUUUCGAACGAAGUAUCGCAAAUCAACUGUCCCACCUGGAGCUACCGGUUACCCAUUAGUCAGCGUACAGUAAGAUGGAAAGAAACAGCGCGAGGGAGUUCCUUUACUGUACAGUGUAGUCGACACCUAGCCGUAUCUAGUCGUAAUGGCAAAUUCGUGUAAGUUGCGAACGAUCUUUAUCGCAAAUAUUCUUGUGCAGGGUGCACCUUUCGGGCGGGACCUUGGGCCUGGAGCGUGGUUUCAGUUUAUGUAGGGAAGUCACCAUAGUAGUGACCGGCCACCUUCCAGAAUGGACCCCAAAUUUGUGUACUUUAUCAAGUUAAACAGCUACAUUGUAGUGAGCAUGAUAGUGAUACACGUACGGGACGUUGUGCAGAGGCAGAGUGGCCACCAGUACCCUUUAGCCGAAUGUAAGAUCUUCGCGAACCGGAUAUUCGCCUUACAACACGCAACUGACCUGACAUUUUCUAUUCAGGGCUUGAAGUGCGUAAUCAUCCGCUCGUAGAGGAUGUGUUUAACAGAUAUUGGAAGUUGGCCGAAUUUACUCAUCUGUUGGGUGUCCUGUUGGUACGUAGUUGGUGUAGGAAUAUCAGAACAAUUGCACUGAGUUCUGUGUCGUAUACAUUUCUCAUGCUUUGGAUUACGAUCGACAGGAAAUUGAACAUUUUCUUAUCCCGAUCGGGUUUAUAUUUGGCCUGGAAGUGCUCACUGUUGCUGCUGGAGACGUGAUCUGGAACGAUAUAGGGGAGAAUUAUAAAUUCCUCCUAGCUCUAAUCAUUUGGUUCGGUAAGGCCCAUAGACACACGUCAUCUGACGUUUGCUUGCGUGCGAUCUUAACGCGGUAUUUGUUCUUUGUUCCUCCCAACUACCGCUAUGUAAAAGUGUACUUUUACUACAUCAUGUACAUCCUCCGGAAGUUGUUCCGAGCGAGGAAUUGCAACGUUUCCGGGUCAGAAUCACCUGCAAACGCCAUCAGACGCAUUAUGAGGGAGUUUACUCAAACGAAAGAUCGUACCGCUUCCCAGGAUCCAGAAUCAGAUGUUGGCAACCCAUUGGUCAAGGUGUAAGUGCUGUCUUUCCUGUUCUAUACAAUUGAUAAACUUUCUUCUGACUACUACAAGUUCUUGGAUUUUCUCCAAGUUCUCUAAUUGUCAAAAAUUACUUAAGGUUUAAGCUUGAAAUGGUAGCUCUCGAGCGAGCGGCUUGCAUGAGUCACUGAGAGGGAAGGUCACAUAUCGCUCCCCAAACCAAUGUUUGCCUGAUGUACGUACGACGUUUCGUAGUUAUCGCAUAAAAGCAUCAAACAUUGAAAACGCACCAAAACUGACGCCGGCGCACUACCCAUUGAUGCGACAUUGACGAUUUGAAAGAACUGUUGUUGUGAUUGUGGAGUUGGCCGUUACCUUUAUCUUGCAGUUGACUGUUUGAAGCACACGGAGCAGUUGUUGCCCGUCAUGUGUACAGACGCGUGUGAUUGACUUGAGUGUGUCAAGGCAUGUCAAAUUCAAGCCACUGCUCCCGAAUAGUGUUAGGUAAGGGUCCGUUGAAGUUAUGUUUCGCCAAACAGCAUUGGCAUUUGGUUCCUACUUAAGUGUGUAGAGAGGACUGAAUUUAUCGAAUAAAAGACGUCAUAUUGUUUUCUAA